CGCAGGCGGCGGCAGGAACGUCGCGUACUCAGUCCGUGAGUUAGUUGACUGGCCUCAAGGAGGGUGAGGACUGUCCUGCUUGACAGGAUUCCAUAGAUAUGUGCUGCAUUCUAGUUCCCUGCAAGGCCAUCCGCAGUUGUGAAAUCCGGCUGAUAGAGUCGCAGCUAGGCUGUAUGACCCAUGCACACCAUGGAAUGUAUGGCCUCUCCGACGUCGGGUUCUGAGCAAGGGCCACAAGAUGGAGACGCGGAAGAGGCGGUAGGGGAACUAGGAGGAUGUGAUGAUGUACCUGAGAUGCAGACCCAGCUUGUCCCACCGGCCACCGCUGGACAGUACACGCUUGCAAGCCUGAAGCAUCUCCAGGAUGCGUUAUGCCAGAGACGAGGCAAUGAGGGAUCUUCGACCGCGAGCGUCGAGAAGGCUGGGGGCAUCAUGGUACCUCACUACAGUUUGUACCAAGAAAUGAUUGCACUCACCGCGGCUAUGCCGUGGACCAUAAUUGUCGUUGGCGCACCCUGGCAAGUAGGCUCCAGAGAGUCCGUGCACCAUAGGGCUCGUCAAUGCUGGAAGUCUGGCUUUUGUGAAACAUUUGGUGGGCCUGCGGCAGAUAAGGACAACUGGCCUCGUGUGUCUUUCCGAAGGGAGCCUUUGAACGGCGGGAUCCGAUGCUUAUGGUCGAUAAGCGUGCGGGUCAAAGGAAGCGCCGGAUCUGGCGGUAAACGGUUGCACGCAAGAGCAAAGUUGAUGGCCAUACCAGAUGCGAAGAGUACCCAGGGACGUGAUACCACAACUUCCCCGCGUACGGUAACGUGCCAAAUGCUUCGCUGUCAUUCACGAGGAAUGCUCACCUACUGCUGA